AUGCGGCGGUCGCUGUGGCGCCGGGCGGGGUCGACCGUCGACUGGCGGUCGCGGGCCCGUCGCGGGCUGCAGCGGUUCGUGCGCCGCUACGUCCCCGACCCCCGCGACGACCCCCUCACGGAGGCCCCGAUGAACGCGGAGGCGUACGGGCGGACGAACCUGCAGCAGGAGGGCGGCGUCCGCGUCGGCAUCCGCCCCGGCCAGCCCAUCGAGGACUACAUGGCAGAGCGGGACCGCAGAUGGCUGGAGGAGCAGCGGCGCACCACGGCGCGGCUCGCGGCGGAGCAGCGGCUGCCCACAACGAGCGACGGGCAGCUCUUCAGCGGCGGCGGCACGCGGGCCUCGUACAUGGACGUGGCGGCGGCGAACAGGCUGGUGAAGACGCCCACGCCGGCCGACUACGAGGCGGACGAGGAGCUGGUGCUGAUGCGGCGCCAGCUGCAGGUGGAGAACGAGGCGGAGUACCGCCGCUUCGCCGCGGAGCAGAAGCGGGCGGAGCUGACGGCGGCGGAGACGCAGAAGCGGCGGCGGCCGCACCCGAGCGACCCGGGCUACGACCCCUUCCGCAUCACGCCGGGCUACCGCCCGCAGGACUCCGUCGCCCUCGCGCAGUGGCUGAAGCGGCAGCGGGAGUCAGGCAGGACGGCGAGCGGGCUCUCGCUGCAGACGCGGGAGGGGCAGGAGCGGUACUACAACGAGGAGAAGAUGGCCACGCAGUUCCACGCCAACCCUUUCGCGGCGCGGGUGGAGGAGCCGCGGGGGCUCUCCAAGAUGCGGGUGACGGCGUACUCGCCCGACAGCGUCUUCGUCAACGACAAGGAGGUGAUCGGCUCCUGCAUCGUCACGGACAAGGCCUACUACCACUGGAACGUCAGCAGCUUCGAGGAGGUCAACGCACGCACGCUGGCGCUGCUCCUCCACCUCUACCCCGUCCCCGACGUCGUCUUCCUCGGCACCGGCCGCAACCUGCACUUCAUCGACGAGGACCUCCGCAUCGCGUUCCAGCGACGCGGCUCCGUCAUCCACUGCCUCACCACCCCGCAGGCCUGCGGGCACUUUGGGGUGCAGCUCUCCAUCUCCCGCCGCGCGCGCUCGCAGUGA